AGAGGUGCAGGGCGCGGAGUGGGGUGCUGUCCGGUUUGGGGCGCGGGGCGUGCGGGUCUGGACCCGUGCAGUGCGCUGGGAGCAGGCGCGGGCCGGCGAGGCAGAGGGGCAGGGCGGGGCGGAGCUGCAUUGGCCAGGCGCGGGGAGCGGAUUGCGCCCGGUGUCUCCUCCCGCCAGCUCCGCUCACCCUCUUUAAGCAGAACUUGGCUGACGGCGGUGCUCGCUCGUCAUGGCUGUUCCAGGUCCGCUGGCGCUUUUCUUGUGAGGACGAUCCUGGCCUUAACCAUCAGAGCAGGGGACCCAGGCCAGAGGAGGCUAUCCCUGGCCCCGCACGUUGCUCGACCGCCCGCGCUCCUCCCGCCUCUGCCGCUGUCCCAAGCGCGCCGCCCCCCCCAGCCCGGAUGCCGGCGCCUGGCCAGGGCCCCCGCAGGCCGCCGCUGACCAUGCCCGGGCUCCGGGGGGCGCUGCGCGAGCCGACGGGCUGCGGCUCCUGCCUCGGGGCGGCGCUGGCCCUGCUGCUGCUGCUGCUGCCCGCCGGCUGCCCGGUGCGGGCGCAGAACGACACGGAGCCCAUCGUGCUGGAGGGCAAGUGCCUGGUGGUGUGCGACUCCAGCCCAUCAGCGGACGGUGCUGUCACCUCCUCCCUUGGCAUCUCCGUGCGCUCUGGCAGCGCCAAAGUGGCCUUCUCCGCCACUCGGAGCACCAACCACGAGCCGUCGGAGAUGAGCAACCGCACCAUGACCAUCUACUUCGACCAGGUGUUAGUAAAUAUUGGCAACCAUUUCGAUCUUGCCUCCAGUAUAUUUGUAGCUCCGAGAAAAGGGAUUUAUAGCUUCAGCUUCCACGUGGUCAAAGUGUACAACAGACAGACCAUCCAGGUCAGUUUAAUGCAGAACGGCUAUCCAGUGAUCUCAGCAUUCGCAGGAGACCAGGACGUGACCAGAGAAGCAGCCAGCAAUGGGGUCCUGCUGCUGAUGGAGAGGGAGGACAAGGUGCACCUCAAACUGGAGCGGGGCAACCUCAUGGGAGGCUGGAAGUACUCCACCUUCUCUGGCUUUUUGGUGUUUCCCCUAUAAACGCCGAGCCUGGGGUGGCGGGGAAGUUGUAAUCUGGACCCAGGAAUCCCCCCUCCCUAACCCCCUGAACUUGGCAGAACAGGACAACUUGUUUCCAAGCUCCGUCUGGCUGUCGAGGUAGAAGAAUGAUUUCCUUCCAAAUCUCCAGUUUUUUCUUUGACUAUUGACCAUUCCUCGGGAACCUGGCCUCUAAUUAGUUUUAGACGAUAAGGUCUUCAGGAGAAAUGACACUAUGGACCUGAGCAAUUUGUACCUGUGAUUGUAACGUCGAUCUGGGAUUUUACUGUUGGGACCACUGCGAUUUCUUCUUUUGUAUGGACGCUGUAUUGUUGUCUGGAGUGAGGAGUGCCCAGACCUCAGGAUGGAUUGCAGGGGGCUGGCUGCACUCAAAGCAAGAGCCCUGCAGGUCACUGCCCACUGGCCAGUCGUGAAAUGUGUUCUCUGUGUGUCUGUUCAGCCUUAAGAAAAAGGAUGGCUUGGCUUUCAUUCUGUGUGUUUCCCUGGGAGAAUGGGAGGACUGGGGAGGGGAAGGGGCAUUGUGAUCCUGUCGGAAGUGCUUUAUCUGGAAAUGCGAGUUUUGCACGAUCGGACUGGACU